UGAAGUCAUAAAUAGGAGGCGAUGUGGGAAAAUUUUCCAAGCUCUCUGCUCUGCUGUUGGUGUUUCCUGCACACCUCCCAAUCCCAUGGGCGCCAUCGGAAGGCCACCACCAACUCGACACUAGGGUUCUUCCCGCCCCCCUUCUCCGAGUUGGAACUUUUAAUCCUCCGAACUGUCUGAAAUGGGAUUUUUAGGUUGAUUUAGAGUUGUGGUUUUGAGAUGGAGGAGGUGGAGAAAGCUAAUAGAGCUGCAAUCGAGAGCUGUCACAGAGUUCUUAGCCUCCUCUCCCAGCCUCAAAACAAGGCCCAGUCUGCAAACUUGUUGAGUGAGACAGGGGAUGCUGUUACAAGAUUCAAGAAAGUGGUUUCUUUGCUCACGAACAGUUCUGGCCAUGGGAGAGUUAGGGUUGCCAACAAAGUCAUAUCUCCCUCCCAUCAUAAGCUCCUCUCAGGCAACCAACUGUUGUCAAAGAUGGAGCAGAGUCCCAAUCCACCCCAGCAACAUCCAAGAACUAUUUUAGAAGGGAAAGUUCAGCUUUUGGAUUCAAGCGCUAAGACUCCUUUUCAACUAUCUCAAAGGAGCCUAUUUGAGAAUCAACUUGGACCACAUGCCUCCUCAUCAAGUCAGUACCAGUUUCUUCAGCACCCACCGCAGAAUGAUCCAAGGUUUCAGCUUCACCACCAGAUGAAGCUUCAGGCUGACAUGUUUCGUAGGACUAAUAGUGCAAUUAAUCUUAAAUUUGAAAGUUCUAGUCACACACCCUCUGCGUCAGCUACAAGGUCCUUCUUGUCAUCUCUAAGCAUGGAUGGGAGUGUGGCUAACUUGAAUGGAAAUUCAUUCCAUUUAAUUGGUGGACCGUCUUCGUCUGACCCAGUGAAUCUGCAUCCUCCUCCAAAGCGGAGGUGUGUAUGUAGAGCAGAGGAUGCAAACGGAAAAUGUGCCACAAGUGGCCGGUGUCAUUGCUCAAAGAGAAGGAAGCUUAGAGUUAAGAGAACCAUCAAGGUGCCUGCUGUCAGUAAUAAGCUUGCUGAUAUCCCACCGGAUGACUAUUCAUGGAGGAAGUAUGGACAAAAGCCAAUCAAGGGAUCUCCUCAUCCUAGGGGAUACUACAAAUGCAGCAGCAUGAGGGGUUGCCCUGCUAGGAAACACGUCGAAAGGUGCUUGGAAGACCCUUCAAUGAUGAUCGUUACCUACGAAGGUGAGCACAACCACGCUCGGUUGCUCACCCAGUCCGCCCAAACAUAGAGGCAAUAAAGAUUUUGUCAUCAUUAACACCCUCCAGCCGAUCAUCUUGUUCCUCAUCUUUUUCCUUUAGUCAUUGCAAUCAUCUCCUUAACCACUAGAGAAUGAGCUUCUGCAACUUCCAGCAUCUUUUUGCAACUCAAAAGGAGGGAAAACUACAAGGAAUUCUCUUCCAACCCAUGUACAAAUGUUACUCGCUGUUCAGAAAAUGGAGAGUGGUUUUAUUGGAAUCAA